CAUACGUGUGAGGUUAUGUUACGAUAAAUGUUUUGAAAUGUCGAAAGAACUUUAAAUCGUAAAUCGUCCGUUGUGCCUUAAUUUAAAUAAAUAUGAAUACCCCAAAAAGUAAAUCAUCAAAAUUGAAGAUGAAACGUGAUCGAAUAUUUGACAAACAAGUUGAAACAGACGAUGAAAUCGAAACAUUGGCACAUAGUACACCAGAUCGAAAUAAUCCACCAGAUAGUCCAAUAUUUUUUCCAUGUACACAAGAAACAGAGAGUGAAGUCGUUUGGGAUUGGCAAUCACCGCAACAAAAACGUGUUAUUACCCGUUAUAAACCUAAAGUGACGUCUGAAUCUCCUGCGUUAGUGAUUCCAUUUAAACGUAAAGUGAUUGUGAACAGUCAUAAAUUGAAUAAUUUAAAAGAACGAUUAGAUGCAUUAAACGAACAGAUAAUUAAUAAAAAACUACAUAACGAGGUCCCGGAAGUCCCGCGAAACAGUAAGAAAGCUGAUGAUUUUGAGAAUUUAUUCGAAGAUGAUGAUUCGUUUACAGAUUGUCUUGUGCAAUGUAGUCAACAAAUCGAGAAAGAAGUGCUAGGUGAUCAACAAAUUGUUAAAACAUCGAAAUAUUCUACGCCUACGAAAAGUGUUUUAAAUACGUUUGUUAAUUCGGAUGCAAAAUUAUGUGAUGAUUCAUUUGAUAUGUUGUUAGGGACAAUUGAUAAUGAAGUUUUGGAUACUCUUACACAACAAGUUCCUGCCUCAAAGUGUAGUGAUACAAAUACUGUGAUAAAAAUUGAUUUACCAUGUACUGAAAAUAAGUACAAAAUAGAUGUUAAUAAUCCUAGGCCACUUAAUAAAAGUGAUUCGUUUGAUGAACAUCAAAUAAAUUGUUCCCCUACUACGUUAAAAUGUACACCAGAGGAAAUAGAAAAGAAACGCCAAGAGGCAUUAGCUAAACGACAAAAGAAAGGAUUAUCGCGUCCAAAAUCUAGUAUGGGUAUAAAUGUAGACGAAUCACCAUCACGAAAAUUUCAACGAAGGAAUCAUUCGUUUGAAAUUGCUUCACCGAAUCAACAAACAAAAAUUUCACCACCACAAAAAAGUCUAGAAAAAUUAAAUGAAACGGUAGCUCAAGAAAUAGUGCCAAUUAAAAAUUGGGAAAAAAUUCAACAAGAAAUUGAGCGAAAACGAUUAGAGGCACUCGCUCGACGCAAAAAGAAAGCAAAUAAAGUGUAGUAAUUUUUUGUUUUAUUGGUUUUUAGAAAGGUGCUAUUUAUUUUGAGACCUGAUAUUUGAGGUCUAUUAUUAACUGUUUAAUAUAAAUUUUAGCGCGAUUACGCUGAAAAGUACUGAAGUACUGAAUUAUGGGGGCUAGAGAUUCUCUUAUGAAACUUAAAUGGCUCUAUAGGGAUAAAACUUUGAAAUGCAAAUUUC